GAGCAGACGCUGGAGUUCACGGCCGGCACCGCCUGUGCCUCGCGUUAAGCAGCUCCUUCUCCACCGGUGACGUUUUUCUGAAAUUGUUCAUUGCAAGUUCCUGGCAUUCCUGUAGAUACACUAGGUGAGGCCGCUGAGCUCGGAGGAGGCCGACAUGGCAGCAUGACAGCCCAGGAGCGGCGCCAGGAUCCCGGAGAAAGGAGCCCUGGGCUGUGGGCGUGAGUCCCCCCAGCAGCGACUUCCUGCCGAGGCCGCCCCGCGCCGCCGCCUCCGAGGCCGCCGGCUUUGUGUUGUGAACUCCGUGGACUCCCUCCUUUUCCCGCCUUCAACAGCAGCAAUAUGUGUCAUGUCAUUGUCACCUGCCGCUCCAUGCUCUGGACCCUCCUGAGUAUUGUGGUGGCGUUCGCGGAGCUCAUCGCCUUCAUGAGCGCGGACUGGCUCAUUGGGAAAGCCAAGACCCGCGGCGGCGGCGGCGGCGGCACCGGCUCCGGCACGGACCCUGAGGAGCGGGGCGGCCCCCCGGAGCCCCACCACCCGACCCUGGGCAUCUACGCGCGCUGCAUCCGCAACCCCGGGGUGCAGCACGUCCCGCGGGAGACGCUGUGCGGGCCCUACGCCGAGAACUUCGGGGAGAUCGCCAGCGGCUUCUGGCAGGCCACUGCCAUCUUCUUGGCCAUGGGCAUCUUCAUCCUAUGCAUGGUGGCCCUGGUGUCCGUCUUCACCAUGUGUGUGCAGAGCAUCAUGAAGAAAAGUAUCUUCAAUGUCUGCGGGCUGUUGCAAGGCAUUGCAGGCCUGUUCCUUAUCCUCGGCUUGAUACUCUACCCUGCUGGCUGGGGCUGCCAGAAGGCCGUUGCCUACUGUGGACACUAUGCAUCGGCCUAUAAACCUGGAGACUGCUCCCUGGGCUGGGCCUUUUAUACUGCCAUCGGUGGGAUGGUCCUCACCUUCAUCUGUGCCAUCUUCUCUGCACAAGCAGAAAUUGCAACCUCCAGUGACAAAGUACAGGAAGAGAUUGAAGAGGGUAAAAACCUCAUCUGCCUCCUUUAAUUUGGAAGAGACAUUUAUACCAUUUUCUUCCUUGUUUAACCUUGUGAAACAGUUCACCUCUGGUUUCAUCAUCCGAAUCAAGUGAAGAACUAGCCUUUACCUACCAAAGCCACAUUCCACAGCCCUGAGCCUUUACAGAACCAAUGAGAGGCAACAUCCAGCCAAGCAAAGUGACUGCACAGGAGGGCCACAGUGCAAAUUGUAAGAGACGGGAGAUGAAAACAUAAACCCUGACACGUGUCGGACAGCAUCGCCCCCAAGGACCCAGUGAAGGAGAAUGAUCUCAACCAUGAAAGCAGCAUUUCUCUGGUAACCGAAGAGACUGUUAGCCAGAUUUGCUGGCUGUUUAGAGGUGUGGGAUUUUUGUUUCCUUCUGGUUCUUUCAUCAAGUGUCUCAGUUGAAGACUACACACUUACUAUACACUUACUGGAAGUGGGAUGUUCGUCUGCUAAAAGAGAUCAGAGCAAGACACAAACGCUUUCUUAGCUCACCACAGGGGCCAAGCAGGGACUGGAAUUCUGUUGUGGAAUAUAUUGGAAGCUGUAUUCCAGGGUCAGCUGAAUCAAUUGAACUGUCGCUUCAAGAUUAAAGAAAGAAUAAGGGCCUGUAAGAUCAUGAGAAUAAAAAUACAAAAUCCUGCUAGUGGAGACAAAUUCAUUCCGCUUCCCAGCAGCCAAGCUAACGCCAGUACUGGCCCAGCCUCCUCUUCCACCAGAGAUCACAUGUUUUUCUCCUAGGCUUGGGAUUGCACUGAUUGCCAAAGGAAACCUCACUGUUUCCUCAUUCCAGGACAGAGGUCUCCAAACCACAUGUGGCGCAUUCAGAUGUUCACUGGGAGAAACUGCCAGAACCUCAGCACUUACGAGGAGACCUUUUCCCACUGUUUGGUAACCAUGCUGUAGUCAGCUAUAUUUCCAACCCUAACAGCAGCAAAAUGCCAUUCUUUGCAUUAAAAAAAGAACUAAUCAUGGGAUUUAAGGUUUUUUAGUUACUGGUGAUCCUGAAAGCAGGCUAAAAUAACAUUAAAUUGUUGCAAAUGCUGAGCUGCACCAAAGGCUUCAUUCCCAGGACAACAGAGUAGAAAGUUAAUGCAAAAUGAGUUAUAGCACCUGCCUAUACCUGUUUACAAAAAGAAUAAAUUACCACUAUUAAAAAAGUUUUGGGUGCUUUUAAUCUAGUUUCUAUAAAUUACCAAUAUCAUUGAUUCAGGAAAAUGGUAUUAACCACCACCUCAUAUGGCCAGAAAGAUAUUAUCCUAAGGUCAAAAUUGAAGAAUGAUACAGAAACAUUCUUUAGCAACUUAAGCAAGUGAGAUGCCAGAUUUCUGGAAGGAUUCUGUCUCUUUGCGUUAUGAAUCUGCUCACUUGAGGGCUUGCUUCAUUUUGAAAAUUUAACAAUUACAUGCCUUGUUUGGGCACGGUAUUAUGUUCAAGUGCCACCAGACAUAGAACUCUGAUUCAGAUUUUAUAACCAUGUCUAGCGCAGAAAAACUAAUUCCUUUAUGUGGCAAUGGAAUGGAACAACUAAAGUCUUAUUCUAUUCUGGUCUUUGGCCUAUACUAGAAACCAUCUUUUCUUAUAGAUUAAGAGUUAUGGGCGGAAGAAGGAAGGGUAUGGAACCAGGCCUUAAUGAGUUCACCACUCUUAGUCCAAGGUUCAGAAUAAGCAAAAUGUGAAUCCUAUGACUUUCCUUAAUAAGAGGAGUACAUCCAUAGCCUCAUAACAGGUUAUGCUUCCUGAACCAUUCUCUAAGCUAUCUCUGAGACCACACAAAAAUAGAUUAUGGCAGCCACUGGAUUUGGCUCCUGUACCUGAUGGAGUGUUUAUAUGCUCUAACCAAGCCAUGAUGCCAGCAAACCCUGGCAAUAAUUUUCAUUU